AUUGUCAAAACCUAUUUUCUCAACGAAGUCCGCAGUUUUGCAUGCCAGUAUCGUAGGAAAACAUCAUGACUGCGUUCGAUUCGUAGAGAGAAAAGAGGCGGAGAGUGCAACCGCGAGACAGAUAGCGUAUCCGUUUCGGAGGAGUGAGUGAGUGCAGAGAAAGUUUUCUCGUCUCGUUUCGCUCGUCGCGUUUCACCCGUUCGACGAGUGACGUGCCUCGGGUCUUCGUCGGUGGGGAAGAAGAUUUACUUGGAUAUUAACGCAAAAACUCAAGAAGACGCGGGCUUCCUCCUUCGUGAAGAAUCCAUCGCGCGACCGUGCGUCUUAACCUUUUUUUCUAUUGUUUUAAAUGCGAUUAAAGCGAACCGCUAGCCGUGGUGUGUGAUUCCUACGGAUCGACAACUGUCCUCACGUCACUUUCGUCAGCGAUCGACCGAUGCAUAGUACUUCGAUGGAGCUUAUUCGCGCGUGACACCAACUUUCGGGACACCAGGCUCGACUUUUGCCAGGUAGCCCCAAUUCCGAUCUACCACCACGUGUAUAUAAACUUUACUUUGUUUCGGACAAAUUCUAUUCAUCCGUUUAUCCUUGACGCGACGCUUGCACGACACGCAGAGAUUUUGGUAGCUGUCUACAUUUACAUAACUGUGGCAGCUUUUAUUUUCCUACAUACGAUCAACAUGUUUACCACAUGACAUGAACUUCAUUCUGUGACAAGUACAUAAUAUCAUUAAUAUUUAUGGAAAUUAUCUUUGCGUCGUAUUUUAUGACACAAAAUAUGAGAAAUUUUAUUAUUACAUGCAAUAACAAUUUAACAAGUAUUUAAUGUAACUUUUGACACCACGUUUAUGCUUUAUAAAUAAUUUUAAGUAGCGUACCAACAUCACAUUGUCUAUACAUUAAAGACAAUAAUAUUUACACAAUAAAGGGCCAUAUAGAGAAAAUGAAUAGCAGGCUUGAAGAACAAGAAUCAAAAUGGACAUGUGAAUAUUGUACAUACGAGAAUUGGCCUUCAUCACUGAAAUGCACAAUGUGCAGAGGUGCCAAGCCUUUGUUAGGGGAGGAUAUUUAUCGCCUAAGAGAUCCAAGUCCCCAGAGGUCUGGAUCAAACGUUGCAUCUGGCCCAGUAACUCAUUUAAGUCCAACAGAUUCUUACAAUCUUAGUUCUCAAAAUGUACCAUUGGGAAAGUGGUCUUGUACAAUGUGUACCUAUCUUAAUUAUCAAAAUACCACACGUUGUGUUCAGUGUGGAAAUAGAAAACCUACAGGUCUCAAUCAGUCAAUACACUCCUUAGCCUCAAAUUUGCAUGAACAUCUAGCACCUCUUAGGCUAGGAGAUCCGCCACCAAACUCAGGAUCAAAUCCUCCUCCAAUAAACUUACAUCCGGAAAGAUAUUACAAUUUACAAACUAAUUUACAUCCUGAAAAGUGGUCUUGUCUUAUAUGUACUUACGAAAAUUGGCCAAAAGCCACAAAGUGUGUGAUGUGUGGUAAUCCUAAAGAAAAAGAUAGAAGAGACAGAACAACUAAUAAUGUGGGUGUUAUUUUACCAAGUCCAGAAAGAGAUCAUAGUCAACGUAACUUACCUUCUCCACCUCAUGCACCUUAUAUACAUCAAAACCAGAGAGAUGAGAAUUUGGCUGUGGGACGAAGGACUUCACAUAGAUAUCCUGAUAGCAGAAAUGACAAUUUGUCAACUCCUCAAUCCCCUAAUAAUUGUGAUUAUGAGCGUAGACUAAAACAAUUGAGGCGUCAUACAGAUUGGUGCUGGUUAAAUGCGUGUCUUGGCAUUGUGGAAGGCGACAAUGCUCCUGUUGAAGCUUAUUUAGCAAGUGGUGGUGAUCCUGCUCGUCAAUUGACGCAUUCAGAAGUUCUGCUUCUAAAUAGAAGUAGUGCUUUUGAUGUUGGACAUACCUUAGUACAUUUAGCUAUUAGAUUUCAAAGAGAGGAUAUACUAGCAACAUUAUUAUCACAAAUUGAAGGUUCUGGAUCUGGAGUAAAAAGAGUACCAAGUUAUGUUGCACCAGAUUUGGCUGCUCAAAUACGCAGACAUGUCACUAAUAGUAUCCGGUUACGCAAGGGUUCUUUUCCAUGUUAUUUUGUCACUGAUAUAGCUACAUUUGCUUUGCCUGCUGAGGUUGAAGAUUUACCAAGUAUAGUGCAAGAACAAAUGUUGGAAGAAUUAUUGGACAAAGAAGCUCAACAACAAUUAGAAGGUGGUGGUGGAGAACCACCAGCAUUAAAUUGGUCUUUAGAAAUUACUGAACGUUUAGGAAGUCGCUUACAUGCACUUUGGAAUAGAUCUGCUGGAGAUUGUUUGUUAGAUUCUGUAAUGCAAGCUACUUGGGGCGUUUUUGAUCGAGAUAAUGCUUUAAGAAGAGCUCUUGCUGAUUCUCUACAACAAGCUGGUCAAUUUUUUUAUCCUCGAUGGAGAGAAUACGAAGCAUCUCAAGCGUCUAGAAUGUUGGAUUUUACAUUAGAAGAGACUCAGUGGCAAGAGGAUUGGGAAAGUUUACUAGCAACAGCUGCUCAACCAGGGAGUGCUUUGGAGCAGUUACAUGUAUUUGCUCUUGCCCACAUUUUAAGGCGACCUAUUAUUGUUUAUGGGGUUAAAUAUGUUAAAAGUUUUAGGGGCGAAGAUAUAGGUUAUGCAAGAUUUGAAGGUGUUUACCUUCCACUUUUAUGGGAACCUUCAUUUUGUAUUCGUUCGCCUAUUGCUUUGGGUUAUACGCGUGGACAUUUCACGGCUUUAGUUCCCAUUGAACCAUACGCAUCGUCCAGAAUACCACCUCUUUCAUCUCAUGGUGGUGGUAAUAGUCCACUUCAACAGUUGCAAAUACAAAUGCAGACAACAUUCAUGCCAUUGAUGGACCGAGAACAUAAACUUUUACCAAUACAUUUUCUGAGUUUGGAAGAAGUAGGCCGAGAAGAAUCUAUUUUAAAAGAAUGGCUUGACGUAUGCAGAACUGAAGGUGGUAUCCUUGUUGCGCAACAAAAACUACACAAAAGACCUUUAUUAGUAGCACAAAUGCUAGAAGAAUGGCUAAAUCAUUAUCGAAGACUCGCUCAAACUAACAAUGCACCUUUUUUGAGACCAGCAGUUUUACAAGAUUACAGUAGCGACGGAGAUACAGAAGACGAAUAACGAGGUGGAAUCGAAGUUAUCAAAUUCAACAGAGAAGACCUUUUUCAUAAUUUCAACACAAGAUCUCAGAGAUUCGCAGUUUUUUGAAUACAGCAAAAGAAGGUGUAUGAAUGUUACGACACACACGUUCAUUGACAAUGUAUCAUUUUCGAAUGAUAUUUGUACAUUAAUAUUGGUUGUUGAACCACAGAACAUCUAAAGUCUCAUCGAUUCGUAUUAUUUAAUUAUACAAGUAGUUACUGUAUUAUUCUGUUGUUACUUAAUCACGAGACUGCGCAAUAAGUAGUUCUGUUGCCAAAGUGCGAUUUUGGGUAUCAAAGCAGUAAGUUAACGAGUGAAAUUUUUUGUUACAGCUAGUAGUGUUUCAAUUAGAGUUAGUUUUUCUCGAUAAGUUGAGUAUUAUCGAGGAUAUGUAAUGUUAAUCUUCACAAUAUGUUUACGACUAAACUGUUGUGUCUGUAACACCAAUAAGAGUUCCUUCAACGUGCGGUGACCAAAGUAAGGACAUGAUUCACUUUCCAAAAUAUCAAGUCAAGUAGCCUCUAUCUGAAUACAUUCAUGUUCACGAAUAGUAAAAUCUACAUAAUGCCAGAAAUAAUUACAGAUUCAUGUCUUAAUAUCACUUGACAACCAUUAAUGAUGUUAAAGUCACCUCCAUGAAAUUUUGACAAUUCUGAACUCGAGAUAGAGUGUUCAGUUUAUAACAUUUAUGUAUAAUUAGCUAGCAAGUUUAUUUUCUUUAUUCAAUGAGAAGAGCACAACGGUUGUUUAACAUUAGUAAUUGCAUUGUAAUUUCUCUGAGUCUCUUGAAGUUAGAAAUUGUUAAACUACAAGCUGAAAAUGACAAGGAUCCAAAAUAUAUAGAUAAUCUACUUUGUGAUCUCGUUGAGAGAUACAAAUUCGAUCUCUAUCUCUCAUUGUUAAAAAAAUAUACGAAUAAUUGUAUAUUUUGAGUUUAAAAUCCAUAAUGGGAUACAAAGUUCGUAUCUAAGUUAAUUAAGAUUUAAUGUAAAAAAACAUCGAUAUUUUAUUUUUUGGUUGCUUUCAUAAAAUGUGUCACAAAAAUUGUGCAAAAUGCAUUACUGUUAUAUUCAUAGAAAGUAAAGGAAUUAAGGAUGAAAGGAUUUUCGUUUGUAAGUUAUGAAAAAAGAAAGAGAAAAGAAGAAAAAAGUGUAUUUGACGAAGAAUGUAAAUUAGAUGUUUGUAAAAAUUAUUGGUUGCACUUUUUGUCCGAUCAUACGUGUGAAAGUACUCAGAAACUCUGGUACGACUUAUGUGAUUUUUAAAGAUAAGUAAACCUAAAGGCCGGAGAAAAAAUUCUGUAAUCGUCCUUUGAUCACUUGUUAACUCUGAGCUGUGUUAAUAUUAAUGUAAAAGUGAGUUGGCGAAACCGAAUUACAACGACACUUUUCUCUGAUUAGAGGCAAGGCGCAGCGUUGUACUUUUUCCGUAGUCGCUUCCGGUAUGUGUAAACGUAAUCGUAUCGAUUAAGAUGUACUUUUUGCGAAAACGAAGGAGGUGAAUAGAGCAAACGGAGGAAGAAGAAAGGAAGGGAGGAGAAGAAAUUGAAGAUGAAAAUGAAGAGGGAAGAAUGUGAAGAGGGGGUAGAUAAAAGUAUGACAAGAGCAACAUUGUGCAAGUGGAUCAAUCGUACGUAUGGUGUAGUCACCACGAAUAUAGCAGUAAAAUAGAAACUUUUAUAAAACAAGGUAAAAAAAAAAAAAAAAAUGAUGAAGCGAAUAUGAGAACAGAGAAACAAGUAGUACUAUUUAAAUACCAAGUUAUAUGCCUGGUGUGUGUGAGUGUAUAUAUUAUAUACACUGUAUAUGUAAUACGAGAUAUUCGUGAAUGGACAAAGAUUUAAUGGUAACUAGCUCGGCCAAAUAAUGAACCCUAAUCAAAAAAGUACAAAAAAUCGUAAGAGGGAAAUGAUAACGUUUCUGUAUGAGAACGUGUUAUAUUACACAUGUGGUACCGCUUAAAGUUUAGUCUCGUUUUUACUAAUUCUAAUGUAGCCUCUAGUCCUUUUUAGCACUGUCGUUUUUUCUAAUCACAUGCGCAGCAUGUGAUUUAAUUAUUGCGUGAUUAUCUGAAGGGCUCGAUAACGUUCGGAUAGAAGAAUGAUGUUUCACAAGUCAAUUCCAAAAAAAAAUUAGAAAAAAAAGGAAAAAAUGAAAAAAAAAAACAAAUGUUUAACGAAGUAGCGCCGUGUCGAAUGAGCAACGACUUUAUCGUUAUUUUAUACUCUUUUUUUCUGUUUGUUCUUUUACAUUUUUUUAUUUUUUCCUUUCCCCUUGUCCAAUUAUGGCCUCGUUUACGUGAAUUUAAGCGACAAGAGUACACGAUCAUUUUUCAUCUGUUUGAAGAAAAAAAAAAAGAAAAGAAAAAAGAGAAAAGAGCGAAACGUUCUCGGGACACGGCGUUACAUAUGGUGGAAUUAUAAUAUAAAAAGAAGAUCAACAAAAAGAAAAAAAAAAGACACUGAUGGUGUAUUUUCUUUCCCCUCGUUAAUGUGUAAGUGUUUCUCGCUCGUGUUGCCAGAAUUUACUCUUGGCAGGUGAUAAAA